AUGCCAGCCGUACGGGCCUGUACAAACUGUGUCCGAGCAAAGACGAGAUGUGCCCUCAGUGGAGCUUCCGGGACAUGUGAACGAUGUGUACGCCUUCGGAAGGCUUGUCAGCCAUCGCCUCCCGUGCGCAAGCGCCGGGUAGUGGCCAAGGCCUCUGCGAAAGAUGUCCAGAAGCUGGAGGAGAAGCUGGACGGACUGUACAGUAUCCUCCAGGGCCAGACGGGUCUGCUGAACGGACCGAUGCAGCCGGCCCAGGAGCCUGUAAUUCCAGCACCUCACACGGACGAAACUGUAUCGUUGCCUAUUCCUCUAACACAAGAUCUGUCAGGAACAACAUGUAGUCCGGCUGCUCCGUCUUUGGAACAGCCUCGGGCCACUUCUUACGAGCCUAACGAUGAUGAUGCCGAGCUGUAUUUAGCUAGGUUCCGCUCUGACUUUAUUGACCAUUUGCCCUUUCUUGACAUUCCAGUAUCUCAAAGUGCCCAUCAGCUGCAUGAGGAGAGUCCGCUGCUGUGGCUAGCUAUAAUGACUGUUGCAUCUACUCGGACCACGCAGCAGAAAGCCAUGUCCAGGCAGAUGAGAGAGGCAUUUGGCCGCGAGGCGUUUGUAGAAGGCACGAGGAGUAUAGACUUCUUGUUGUCAGUCCUGGUAUAUGCCACCUGGGAUCGCUACUACGCCCUUGACAAGCCGCUUUUUACUAGUUUGAUGCAGUUGGCUAUUGCAAUUGUAUACGACCUAGGCCUGGACAAGCCGCCGGUGCAGGACCCGAGUCUUCUGCUUAGCUAUGACCUGAAGGGACACAAUCGGCCGUCCCAUUACUCUCGGCUGCCUACCAUGCAGGAACGCAGAGCUUUGCUGGGUUGCUUUCUUUCAUUUCAGAAGCAAAUUCGCACAUUCCGAUCACAAAUCCCUCUCGAACUCACCAAUAACAAGAUCCUGCAAAUGGAGUUAUACAGCGCAGAAAUGAUGAUCCACGAGAUUGGCUUCUCAUCAGACCCAACUAUCUUUCCUCGGCAAUCAAACCAACAAUUUGAAUGCCUAUGUGCCUGCCUCCAAACCAUCAAGUCAUGGACCGACAACAUUCUGGCCCUGCAACCUGUAGAGUAUGUCGGGCUUUCGUGCUUGAUGUGUGCCAACAUGGCGCGCAGCUUCAUCAACCUCUACCGUCUCACUGUCUGUGACUAUCCCGUUUGGGACCGUAAGCUGGUGCAGGAAACGAUAGACGUGUCCUGGGUACUGGAAAGGGCGGCGCAGCGGUUCACGCAGGUCAAAGACGCGGCGGGACUCGAUCCAGAAGGCACUCAGGAACUGGAUUUCUUCAUGAUUAUGGCAGCGAAAAUGGAGGCCAUGAAGAUGUCGUGGGACACGGCGGUGAUGCCAAUGAUGGAAGACUCGUGGGAGCCGACUUUGGAUGAUCUGGACAUGUUCUCUAGCGAAUUCCGCAAUAUGUGGAGUUGGUGA